CCACAAUGAAUUAGUCUGAACAACUAUAAGUCCUGCCAUGGCAGGGAGAAACCAGGGGUGCCGGGAUCGAUGGUACCAAAUGGCCCAGAAGAGAUUGCCGGUGCUAAGAUGGCUUCCCAGGUAUUCUCUGCAGUGGCUGCAGCUCGAUAUCAUUGCGGGACUCACUGUGGGGCUGACCGUUGUGCCGCAAGCUCUUGCCUACGCUGAGGUGGCUGGCCUCCCGAUGCAGUAUGGCUUCUAUUCCUCCUUCAUGGGCUGCUUCAUCUAUUGUCUCUUGGGGACAGCGAAGGAUGUGACAUUGGGUCCUACAGCUAUCAUGUCACUACUAGUUUCUUCCUAUGCAUUCCAUGACCCUGCUUAUGCCAUCCUGCUUACGUUCCUCUCAGGCUGCAUCCAGUUAGUCAUGGGGCUCCUACAUCUUGGUUUCCUCCUAGAUUUCAUCUCAUAUCCUGUCAUCAGAGGGUUCACUUCAGCUGCUGCAGUCACCAUUAGCUUCAACCAGGUCAAGGCACUCCUUGGCUUGCAGAAUAUCCCACGGCAGUUUUUCCUGCAGUUGUAUUACACCUUCUCCAGAAUUGGAGAGACAAGAGCAGGGGAUGCCAUUCUUGGGCUGAUCUGCCUGAUCAUGCUUGCAGGACUGCACCAAAUGAAAAACCACAUCCCCAGGGUGUACUGGAUGGACAGGUUGUCUGUCAGGAUCAGCCGGCUUAUUGUCUGGGUAACAGCAACAGCUCGUAAUGCUCUGGUGGUCCUGUUUGCUAGUCUGGUGGCCUACUCCUUCCAAGUGACAGGCUCCCAGCCGUUCACCCUCACAGGGACAAUACCCCAAGGACUCCCUCCUUUCCAGCCACCACCAUUCUCCAAGGUGACAGCCAACAAGACCGUCCACUUUGGAGAGAUGGUGCAGGCAAUGGGAGCUGGCUUAGCUGUGGUACCACUCAUGGGGCUACUGGAGACGGUGGCGAUCGCCAAGGCAUUUGCUUCUCAAAAUAACUACCAAAUUGACCCUGAUCAGUAGCUGUUAGCCAUGGGUUUCACCAACCUCUUUGGAUCAUUUGUCUCAUCCUAUCCCGUCACAGGUAGCUUUGGCCGUACAGCAGUGAAUGCGCAGACUGGGGUGUGCAGCCCUGCAGGAGGACUAAUCACAGGGGCCCUGGUACUGCUGUCUCUAGCUUACCUUACUUCUCUCUUCUACUACAUCCCCAAAGCUGCUCUGGCAGCUGUCAUCAUCUGCGCAGUGGCUCCGAUGUUUGAUGCCAGGAUCUUCCGCACAUUAUGGCAGGUUAAAAGGCUGGACCUGGUGCCACUAUGCGUGACUUUCUUGCUCUGCUUCUGGGAGAUGCAGUAUGGUAUUAUGGCAGGCGUACUGGUCUCAGCUAUUCUUCUGCUCUACCCCAUUGCCAGGCCACAGAUAAAGGUUUCUGAGCAGGAGACGAUACUUUUACAGCCUGCCAGUGGCCUGCAUUUUCCAGCCAUUGAGUUUCUCCGUAACACUGUGCACAAACAAGCUCUAUCAGUGUCUCCACUGCGCACAGUCAUCCUGGAUUGUACCCAUGUCAAUAACGUUGACUAUACGGUGGUGAUGGGGCUGUCAGAGCUACUUCAGGAAUUCCGGUGCAGGAGAAUCUCCCUGAUCUUCAUUAAUGUACAGGCCCAUGUUCUCCAAGUCUUGCUGGCUGCUGAUCUGGAAGGAUUCUGUAACUUUUCCAGCCUGGAGGAUGCAGAGAAGAGUUGUGAAGAGGAGCUGCGCAGAACCAGUGAAGCUUUGUUUGAUGGCAGGGAUGGCAUACUGCCAACAUCUGGAGUCAUUCAGUGAGGAUGCGGAGCUAUUAAUGCCUGUGUACAAAUUC